AAUAAUUAUUGAAAAAUGCUGAUUUUUGGUAAAAUCAGAAUAAAAAAACGAAACUUUUACUUGAGACACUGUUGGAUGUUGUUGUAAAAUACGGAACUGAAAUUCCUCUGCCAAAAUGGGCUGACAGAUGAUUCCAGGGUUGUCCUUACCUGAUAUUGGGGCCAUGCAACUAUCUGCUCAAAUGUUUUUUAACGGACUAAGGAACACAAUAGGAUUGUGGGUGCCAGCGCACGUGUAGAGAAUGGGCCAGUGCCCCCCAUCAACCAAGCAGUUACUAUGGUUCACAUACAUUGGUAACCCGAUAUGGGCUUUUUUAUGUUUAUUUUUGCCACUUUGCUAUGUGUCACUGAAGGACACUACUCAGAGUCUACUGUAUGCAAGGAUAACAAAGUUUGUGAAUAUGAAUAUACAGUUGAGAUUGGCCUGUUUAGAUAUCAGAAUCAACCAAUGACUAUCAAAGCAAUAAUAGAGAUCGAGUGUGAAUCAAGUGAGCAAGUUAUAUAAAAUGUUUAUGUAGCUACAUUUGUGUAAAGAUUAAUGGUAAUUUGGAGAAGCUAACUGGCUUAGGAAUAGAUUCUUAAUUGGCGGAACAAGCCAGUGAUUCGAGGCCUCAACUUCGCUAAGGAGUGGGAAAACUUAUAGUGCACAUGCUAAAUUUUAAUAAUCAAUGUGGGUUAAAUAAUUGGCAUUCUUUUUAAUAUUGUUUUGGAACUUUUACAGUUAUUA